AUGAGAGACUGGGGGACAGAAGAGCGGAAGAGAGUUGAGCGCUACACUUCUCCCUGUCCUUGUAAAGUGCUGCGCGCUGUCGUAGCGGCAGCCAAGAAUGUACUCCACAAUGCCAUCUAUCCGCAGAAUCCAUCUUUCUCGCUCACGUUACUGCACGUAUUAUCGGCACCACUUCACGGCUUGGCCAAUUCUUUCGUGUUUGGGCUGGACAGAGAUUGGUGGAGUCUGCUGAGCCUCACCGGAAUGCAGCUGGCUCUGCAGUCAAGACUCUGUGACAAGGCUCGGAUCGGAGAAUACCACCUCGGGGCCGUGCGCUACACUCAGGCGGACCUGGCCGACCUCAGCGAUGACGAGGACGACGCCAAUGUUCUCUUCUACUCCCCCAACAUGGCUCUCAAAGACAGAGGACCCUGA